AUGUCCAACCACUCAUCCUCUUCAGACAAUCCGGCAUCUGCAGGCCUGGGAAUCACAGGCGGCUAUGAUGGAGACAGCCUGACGUUGAAGAUCCUCAUCGCUUUCUUCCUCGGUCUGGCCAUGUACAAUGUCGUCGAGCUACAGAUUCUCCUCUUUGGCACCUUCAACAAAUUUCGCGGCCUCUACUUCUGGAGCCUCGUCGUCUCAGGCUGGGGCAUCCUGCCGUACUCUUUGGGGUUUCUGUUCAAGUACUUUUCGAUCUUGACUGGGGGAGGGAGAUGGUUCUCUAUCUUCUUGCUCUCGAUAGGAUGGUAUCCGAUGGUGACUGGUCAAGCGAUCGUUUUGUGGUCCAGACUCCAUCUCAUCGUCCAUGGCGAGAAAGGGGAGCAUAUCCUACGCUGGACGAAAUGGAUGAUCAUUGUGGACGCUAUUGUCUUGCAUGUACCAACCACGGUGCUCACCGUCGGCUCGAACAGCAACACGCACACUCAAACAUUCGUCCGCGGGUACAAUGUCAUGGAGAAAGUGCAGAUGUGCGGCUUCUUCAUCCAGGAAGUCAUUCUCUCGACAAUUUACAUCGUGGAGACCAUCCGCAUACUUCGCCUGUCGGUGCAGGAGAAUACUCGACGACUCAUGCACCAACUUUUGGCCAUCAACAUCCUUAUCAUCAUUAUGGACCUUGGACUCCUUGGACUCGAGUGCGCGUCACUCUACAUUCUGGAGACGACGACGAAACCCGUCUUUUAUUCCAUCAAGCUCAAGCUCGAAUUUGCCAUUCUUGGAAGGCUUGUGCAAUUUGUUGGUGGUCCACGCCGUAAUAGCACCCGUGCAUCACUUCCCUCUCCACACUCGCGGGAGAGGCGCACACCUUCUGGUCUGGGGAAUUUCAACGAUAAGGAUGUGUCUGAUUUCGUCGACCUGACCAAGGUCAACAGCGAUCCGACACGAGUGCCUGCAGAGUACCGCAGCUACAGGAGUCUUUCAAUACCACGUAACAGAGAAGAUCUCGACCUUGACCUUGAGAUUGCGAGACUGGAGCAUGUCCAUACUCUUCCGUCACAGCUCAGGAGACCGAAUGGACAUAUCGAUUGA